UUCGUCGGAACACGCAACCCGCGAGAGAGAGAGAGUGUGGAGCCGUCAAAAAGGUUUCGAGUUGGCCAACUUCAUCCAGUCGUGCCGCGCCGCAGCUUUUCCACUUGUGCCAGCGACUUCGUACCGUGCAAAUGUGCAACAAUCCGUCGUCGUGAGUGCGUUUUUUCGUGACGAGUUUCGCUGCCAGCAAAAGUGAAUACGUGUUCAGUGGCCGCCCUCCCCCGUUCCGGAACCUGUGCCGCGUCCAGGACCGAGAUUUUUUGUGUGCGUGCGUGUGUGUGAGCGAGGGCCUCCGCCGGGAAGGAAUCGUUGCCACCGUGUUAAUUGUGGUGAAGAGUUAAGAAGAAGAAGGAACAAAAAAACAGGAAUCUACAACCCGCCACCGGAAUCCGGAUUUUAUUUUUGCCGAGAUGAGUGCCGCCCCUGCCCCUACAGCCGCGCCUGUGCCGGUUCUCAAGAAGGGAAUCGUCAAGCAGGUCCUGUCCGGCGACUCCGUCAUCAUCCGCGGCCAGCCCAAGGGAGGUCCGCCACCGGAGAAGCAGAUCAACUUUGCCGGAGUGACCGCGCCGAAGCUCGCCCGCCGACCGACCAACACCUCCGCGGAAGCCUCCAAGGAUGAGCCGUACGCGUGGGAAGCCCGCGAGUAUCUGCGCCAGCGGUUGAUCGGCCAGGAAGUGUGGUGGUUUGCCGAGCGACCCCCGAACGCAACCCGCGACUACGGAGCGAUCUACCUCGGUAAGGAUCCGACCACGUCGGAGAACAUCGUCGAGUCGAUCGUGUCGGAAGGUUUGGUGUCGGUGCGUCGUGAAAAUGCCCGCCAGAACGCCGAACCGUCGCGACUGGCCGAACUGGAGGACGCUGCCAAGGCGGCCCGCAAGGGCAAGUGGAGUGACGCGCCGCUGUCGGAGCACGUGCGCAACAUCACCUGGACCAUCGAGAACCCGAAGGCGUUCUUCGACCAGAACGAUGGCAAACCGAUCAAGGCCAUCAUCGAGCACGUGCGCGACGGAUCGACGGUGCGUGCCUUCCUGCUGCCCGGCUUCCAGCACAUUACCCUCAUGAUGUCCGGCAUUCGGUGCCCCGGCUUCAAGCUGGACGCCGACGGCAAACCGGACGCCACGGCCGACGUGCCGUUCGCCGAGGAAGCCCGCUACUUUGUCGAGUCCCGCCUGCUGCAACGCGAGGUCGAAGUCCGGCUCGAGUCGGUCAACAAUAACAACUUUGUCGGCACCAUCAUCUUCCCCAAGGGCAGCAUCGCGGAAGCUUUGCUCCGUGAAGGUUUCGCCAAGUGCGUCGAGUGGAGCAUGCCGUACGUGAAGGAGGGCGUCGACCGACUCCGUGCCUCGGAAAAACACGCCAAGACGAACCGGCUGCGCCUCUGGAAGGACUACCAAGCGCCGACGGCCGCCUUCAGCUCCAAGGACAAGGACCUCACCGGCACCGUCAUCGAGGUGUACAACGGCGAUGCCAUCCUCGUCAAGGUCAGCCCGACCCUCACCAAGAAGGUGUUCUUCUCGAGCAUCAAGCCGCCGCGUGAGGCCGCCCGCGUUGCCGACGAGGAAGGCAACCUGCCGCCCCGCCCCAAGGGAUCCCGCCCGCUGUACGACGUGCCGUGGAUGUUCGAGGCGCGCGAGUACCUGCGCAAGAAGCUCAUCGGCAAGAAGGUCAACUGCAGCCUGGACUACGUGACGCCGGCCCGCGACAACUACCCCGAGAAGUGCUGCUACACGGUGACGCUGGGCGGAGCCAACGUGGCGGAAGCGCUCGUCUCCAAGGGUCUGGCCACCGUCAUUAAGUACCGCCAGGACGACGACCAGCGCUCGGUGCACUACGACGAGCUGCGUUCGGCCGAAACGCAGGCGGCCAAGGGCCUGAAGGGCGUGCACGCCAAGGACGACAUUCCGACGCACCGGAUCAACGACCUGACGGUGGACCACUCGCGCAUCAAGCACCAAUAUCUGCCGUCGUGGCAGCGCGCCCUGCGUACCGAGGCCGUCGUUGAGUUCGUGGCGAGCGGAUCGCGGUUCCGGAUUUACUGUCCGAAGGACAGCUGCCUGGUGACGUUCCUGCUGGCGGGUAUUUCUUGCCCCCGGUCGGGUCGCCCCGCGUUGAACGGCAUUCCGGCCCAGGAGGGUGAACCGUUCGGAGACGAUGCGUUGGCCUUCAGCAAGGAGCGAAUCCUGCAGCGGGACGUGAGCGUCAAGAUUGAAACGACGGACAAGGCCGCCACCAGUGUGAUCGGAUGGCUGUGGACCGAGGGCAACGUGAACCUGUCGGUGGCACUCGUCGAGGAGGGUCUCGCGUCGGUGCACUUUACUGCCGAAAAGACGGAACACUUCCGGGCGCUGACGGAGGCCGAAGGCCGCGCCAAGGCCAAGAGGAAAAACAUCUGGAAGGACUGGGUCGAGAAGACCGAGGACGAGAACAAGGAGAACGAGGACGAAAAGGAAGAUCCGGCGGCACCGGCUGACCGCAAGGUCAAGUACGAAAGCGUCGUCGUGACGGAAGUUACGCCCGAGCUCAAGUUCUACGCCCAGCACGCCGACCAGGGCGCCAAGCUGGAGGAACUGAUGACCAAGCUGCGCCAGGAGUUCCGCGCGAUGCCGCCGGUCACCGGUUCGUACAACCCCCGACGGGGUGAUCUGUGCGCGGCCAAGUUCAGCGAAGACAACGAGUGGUACCGCGCCAAGGUCGAGAAGGUCGAAAAGGGCGGCAACGUGUCCAUCCUGUACGUCGACUACGGUAACCGCGAGCUCGCACCCACGACCCGCCUCGCGAUGCUGCCGCCCGCCUUCCUGUCCGACAAGCCGUACGCGCACGAGUACAGCCUGGCGCUCGUCGUGCUGCCAACGGACGAGGACGACCGGAAGGACGCCAUCAAGGCGUUCGCCGACGACGCGCUCAACAAGACCCUGCAGAUGAACGUCGAGUAUCGCGUCACCGGUGCCGAGCACGUGACCCUCGUUGACCCCGCCACCAAGUCCGACGUCGGAAAGGAUUUGAUCGGAGACGGUUUCCUGAUUGCCGAGAAGAACAAGAAGGACCGCAGACUGCAGAAGCUGAUCAACGACUACAAGGAGGCCGAGCAGUCCGCCCGCAAGAACCGCAACGGCAUCUGGCAGUACGGUGACAGCACCGAGGACCAGGCCGGAGAGUUUGGCCUGGGUGGCCCCCGUUAAGGGCGUGCCCCGAGGAGCGCAAGCUCCCAAAAUGCGUAAUUGAACUCCCUGCCUAUUCAACAAAAACAAAAAAAAAAACAUUUAUAUAAUUACGACAUUAUUAUCGAGCAAAAAAAAAUGGUGAAAACUCUACACACAUACACACACACUCUAAACAAAAAAAAGUAAAAGAAGAGGAAAAAUGGAGACAAAAUCAGCUAUUUAAGAUAUUAUUCCAGUUUAUAUUUUUUAUUAAAAAAAAAGAAAAUCUUUAAACACACAUCCACACACACAGUCUAAAAUACUUCCAUAACAUCCACUAGCUAGAAAGAGAGAAAACAUCGUCUUGAAAAGUUAUGAGCUAAAAAGCGCGUUAAAAUAAACUCAAACAACCGGUCCCAGGGAACACAAAACAAGCCAACAACAACUGAAACAAUCAGAAGGAACCAACCUUAUUGCCCAGAGCAAGAAAAAAAAACCCCGCACCCUUAUGUUGCAGAAAGUUCCGUUUCCGUACUAGUGACACCAGAGACCUCCACCACUCAACAAGACUGUCGUCCGCUCCGAUCCGCUUGCAAAUCUUAGAAAUUAUACGUAGAAACAGUGAACACGCACGGAGUCUGACUGAAUAUUGUGGCAUUCGUGUAGGACAUUUAGCGCGCGCUUCUUCUCCAACUCACAUUCAAUACAUUUAGUUUUGCGUUUUCUUAUUUUCCAUUGCUUAUCGAGUGCGAGAAAAUUGAUUGAUGGUCGAAAUAAAGUUUUUCUUUUUCUUUUGUCAAA